UACAUUUGGCUCAAAAUGGUUUUGCAGCUGAUACAGAAAGGUCCAAUAAAAGACAUUGCAGGUCUCCCAUUAGCAACACUAGCUAAUGAAUCUAAUCCAUGGUGGCCUGCAUUUCAACAAGCUAUCAUUGCUUCCGGUGGGAAACUUGCUAGACCAGAAAUUUUGGCUUCCACAACUGAUGCUAGAUUCAUGAGACAGAUGGGCAUCCCUGCUCUUGGAUUUUCACCAAUGGCAAACACGCCUAUCCUACUCCAUGAGCAUAAUGAGUUCCUGAAGGAUACUGUGUUUCUGAGGGGCAUCAAAGUGUACGAGCAUGUCAUCAGUGCUUUGAGCUCCUUUCCAGCAAAUUCACUAUAGGACUGUUGCUUCACUUGUAUGUCUACUGUGUUUAUCCUACUGGAGUAUCUGCACCUGGUUUUAUUCGCUCAUCUAGACUUUAGUGUUAGUCUUAACAGAGACACCAUGGUUCUUGUGUUAUAAAAAACAUGUAUCAACCUGAAAUUAUAUAGUAAAUAUUUGUUAAUGCUGCCGAUGCUGCUCUUGUUUUAAAGCUUUGGAGUAACACAUGCAGAGAACACUAUGAAUUUAGCAUAUAAUUUCCUCAUAGGUAAAAUAUUUUUUAAUGGAUCUUUUGAUGUUAAAGUUUA